AUGUCCACCCUGGUCAAGCUCGAAAGCGGGGAGCGUGUUCCAGGCACGGAAGUAAAAGAAAGAUUGGCGGCGGUGUUAGAAGCUGCCGGGGCCGGAGCCAGCGCCGAAGUGAUGGCGAUUGAUUGGCCUACCCCGUAUGCUGCCCAGAGUUAUAAUCACCGCCAGCCGGUGAACGCUGCGCCAGGCAGCCCCGGCGAUAGAUUAAAGGAACUUCGGCUGGCACAGGGGGUAAAGCAAGCCGAGAUUGCGCUAAGGUUGGGGAUGACCGAGCAGAAGUAUGGUCGGCUCGAACGGGGCUACUCCAAGCAAAUUAGUCGGACGGUAUUGGAGAAACUCACUACUAUUUUAGGCGAAGGAGUUAAGGAACUUGGCUUUUCUAUUCUUCGUUAG